UCCCCAAUUCGAUUCCCUCUGCCAAAACACGAUACUUUUUUUAGUUCCCCUCCCCUUCAUCCCUCCACCCGACUCCCCAAAAUCCAACCUUUCCCUUUCUCCCUCUCCCUUAUGGAUCCCAAAGACUCAUCGAAGCAGCCACAGUAUGUUUCCAGGCUCCCCCAGGAACGCUCUCUCCCACUGUCUCAUGAAACUGAUGCAGCAGCAGCAGCAGAAAGUAGCGAUCUUGUGCCUGCCGCAGCCUCAGAGAGGCACGGGGGAUUACAGGUGGUGGCAGCGGAGAAGGAUGAGCAGAGGAAGCAGCUUGCGCCCAAGAGGAGCUCCAACAAGGACAGGCAUACGAAGGUUGAAGGCAGGGGGAGGAGGAUCAGGAUGCCGGCCCUCUGCGCCGCCAGGAUCUUCCAGCUCACCAGAGAAUUAGGCUACAAGUCCGAUGGGGAGACCAUCCGGUGGCUCCUCCAGCAGGCGGAGCCCGCCAUCAUCGCGGCCACCGGCACGGGCACCAUCCCGGCGUCGGCCCUUGCCUCCGCAGCCGCGGCUGGCCCCACCGGUGCCACCGUCUCCGCAGGCCUCCAUCCCAAGUUCGAUGAGCUCGGACCCCGGCCUAACCGGGCCAUGCUGGGGCCUGCUAGCUUUGGCCGGCCCCUCCACGGUCUUUUGCUGCCGCCUGGUGUGCUUGACUCCGGAUUCCUGCAACCUGGUUCGGCCGCCGCUGCAAGUUCCAGUGCGGGCGGCGGCGACACAUCGGUGAGCAGCUUGAUGCAGAGGAUGGGGAUUUUGCACGGGCUGGACUUGCCCGACGGCAACACAGGUCCGAUGAGCUUCGCGUCACUGCUGGCCGGACAUGGACAGCAACUGCCGGGACUGGAACUUGGGCUAUCACAGGAUGCCCAUUCUGGUGCGCUGAAUCCUCAGGCCUUGAACCAAUUCUAUUCGCAGAUUGGGCAUGUCAUGGGUGCAGCUGGUUCAGCUGGUUCAGCUGGGAGUGGGCAAUUGCAACACCAGCAGCAACAACAAGUCUUUUCUGCGGAAGACGAUUCACAGGAGUCAGAGUAAUGGUUGGAAGAGUUUUGUAGGAAAACUUGCAUGCUAAUUGUUGGCUUAUUUCUUUGGAUCAUGAAGAUGGCCGGGAUCGGUAAGUCUCUGUGGCACAUGGUGAUGGUGGUUUCUUCUGCCUGCUCCUCCCUUCUCUGCAACCUCCAUUUGUGGUUUCCCAAUUCUGGUGUCACUCUCUCUUUUAGUUCAUAUGAGUGAUUUAUGCUAUCAGCUUGGGAUAGUAACAAUAUAAUAUUGGAUGUAUAGUUUUGCAGUCCAUGGUUGACAGAGCCGGAUAUACUGUGCCAGGAUUUCAUGUAUCAUGAUGUCAAGGUGUGCAGACAUCAAAGCCAGCAGAAGUAAAGUUGGAGUCUGGAUUAGAAACAGCACAGACAAUUAUUAUUGCAAGUUACGACAACGCUUCUUUGCUGUUUGCUGAUUCUUAACCUUGCUGCUUCUGGUGGAAGCUAAGAAUACAUGAUGAGUGAAGACCCAGAUUAUAUAUAGGCAUCAGAACAAUCUGCUAAUCCAGCUUAGAUGAUUGUGGAUAGCUGGCAGAUCUCUUUCUAAAAUAAAUUUAAAGAAGAUUGACAGGCAGAUCAAUUUGCAGCUUCGGAGCCAUAGUCUGAGAGUUCAUUGGAAUCUGUCGUCGACCGACCGUGCCCAGUGGAUGAUAUCCAGUGUGUCCUCCACUGAAGUGGCACCAAGGCAACUCCACCACCUCCUGUUUCAUCUCCCUCAAGACCUCCAGAAAGACUUUGAUGCCGCAUGGGAGCUCAAUAGGUCCAGUGUUGGGAGUACCCAAACUCCAUCUUCGCUGCUUAAAGCUGCAUCCUGAAGAGAGGGUGGUUCACGCACUCUGUUCGGAUCACAAACUGCUCCCGCUCCCUCUCAUGGCCAAUGAACACAGUGAAGCACCCCUCCUUUCGUUGGCUCACUAUAUAUUGGCAUCACUCCAAGGUCUUCAGUAUCAGGCCCUUUGGCCUCUUCUCUUUGCCAUUUCGGAGCUUCCCCAUGCAAAGCUUCAUACAAAGAAUGCACUACUGUGAUAUGGGCAAUAUAUGAGAAGUUUGUGACUAACCAAAUGAGCUUAUGUGAUCAACCUGUCACAAACUUGAUGAAACAUGACACUGGCUCUUGGGACUCUCAGGUUACACGUAAUUUCUGUAGCGGAUCAAGUGGCAUAGUGAUGAAGCAGAUGAAGCAUAGGUUGUGAUGAGGAUUUGUCUCAAUAGAUGGAAACCAAGCUGAUAGAAGAAGAUGGUGACCAAGAGAUGUCAGUGGCACUUUAUAUAGAAGGGGAGGAGGCAAGUGCAGGAAGUGUUGGCUGUGCUGUUCAUCACAAUUGCGUCCAUUUCGGGAGAUGCAUGGGCAGUGGAGGAGACUUCAGUCACCACAUGCAUAGCUACUGCGCCAACUGAGCUCAUGGCCAUCUCCGGGGAGCCAAUACCACUGGGGAGAAUCCCAAUCUUUCGGUCCAAAGAGCGCUUGGAGUACUUCACUACCGUUUACCAUGUGUUUGAGAAAAUGACACUGUCGCACAUCAUCUAGAGAUCAUAUUGCUGCACACUUUGGAACAGCCCUUUAUACCUAAAGCAACAAGCAUGAUGUAGAAGUCAACUCUACCUUCCAUGUUCUAAUCGACGAAACAGUUGAUGCUCAAUGAUUGUUUGGUGAGCAGUAGCCCGAGGCGAAACGCUACGUGGUGUACGAUGAAAUGCCUCAAUGGCAACCGUUGGAAUUGGAAGCGUUGUGUCGCUGCAUGGCCAAAGCACAAGGUUGGACUGCGCUCUCUCGGCAUUAUGUUGCUGAUCCAAUAUGUUAAAGCAAUGCUAUCAGUGAAACCUUUAGUAGGAAAAUGGAUUUCUAUCCGAUUCCAUUUUAAACCCGAUUCAAUAUACUCGGAACUUAUUAAA